AUGCAAACUCAAAGUUCAUUUAACAUUGCCAAUCCUGAUACUCUCCUGUCAAAGGAUACCCAGCUAAAGAGAUAAGACAGACUCAGAAAGGCAGUCAUUUUUGCACUUGUUCUGGCAAUUUGCAUGAGUCUAUUAAUACUCUUCACUCCAAAGAGCAAUUAUGUUCCAAGUUACUCAUUAAACCAAAGAAAUUCUUAUUAUGCUUAAGAUUAAUUAUGUGUUUAUUAAGUUUCUACAUAAUCUACAAAUUGUACACUGAUUGAAGCCAAUACCACAUAAGUUACAAUAGAUGAAAAUGACAACAAUUCCACACACAUCCUUAUGCUUGAUGGACUACAAGUUUCAUCCUAACAGAAUUAUUCAAAUGGUACUGUCAUUUUUUCAAAUUUAUAUGAAAAUAAUGUAAACAUAACUGGAAAACUCAACAAUGCCCUCAGAAUCCUGGAAAAGAUAACUGAACCUUGCAACAAUCAAGACUGUGGAUCCUACAACGAGAUUCCCAUGGUUACAUAUACCUUAGACAAACUCAAUGGAUAAGUUUUGAGAAUUCAAGUUCCAAAUGGUUUGGAUGGUCUUUUACUUUAAACCUUGAUUUCAAGUAUCCAACACUUAGGCCCAAAUGUUGAAUCAACAGAGAGAACUGAAGAUGGAAUUAAGAACCCAGUUUAAAUCGGAAAAUAUUAAUUUAUGUCAGAAAGGGAAGUUGAAUAGAGUUGGUUUGGAUAUUCAACAAUCACCAAAGAAGUUACAGAAUAAGACAGUCUUGACAAAGAUUUCUUGGUUGGAGAUCAAUUCAAUUAAAAAUAGACAACCAAGUUAAACAGAAAUAAUGAAAUUGUUGAAUCAUAGAUUUCUUCUAACUUAAUAAUUCAGAUAAACAAUACUAAAUCAAAACUUCUGUUACUGAUAAUUCAACACUUCAGAGAGCUUAGAGCUAUUAGGAUGCCUACUUCACUAAUCUACUUAAAUAGAUCAAUAAUAAUUAAGAUUUAACGUCUUAUACUGCUGUUACUAUUUAAGAUAGAUUGCUUAAGUAAUAUGAAAAAAAACAAUUGA